AUGGCCUUCUCAAAAAUACUAGCAGUUCUCGUCCUUUGCGUUUUGCACUUGUCUAUGCCCGCUGAGGCAAUGUCACAUAGGCAAAAAAUGCGUCUGAGAACCCGACAUCAACCGUUCAUGAAUCCUGCUAUGCAUUAUUACAACUCCACCGGACGUGACCCAACGGGCAAGGUGCCAGGGAACGCCGAUGACAUAGAUGUGCUCGACGUAGAAAUCGUCGACGGUCCAUACAACGCAACCCACUCCGGAUUGUCAAAACGACAUCCUGUUCCCUUGAUUCACAAGGAAACAAUUCUAUCAGUAUUCGGAUGGGAUGGCAGUUAUACCGAGGGCUUCCUCGGCUUUGCUGCAUUUUUUUCACAGAUUGUCGAACCACAGGUUCAAGAGGGUAAACUCGAGGUACCGCCCGGUUGUCGUCCCGUCUGGGCUUCUUGUCAGACGAAUGGUGCGUUUAAUGGGUUGGAAUACGUUGAGGUAUGCAAUUACGGAACUGACUCGCGAGUAAUUGAGAAAACGGAACUAUACCAGCGUAUCUGGGAUAUGAUCAUACCAAAGCUGUGGGAACUUGCUGGUACUAAAAGGUACCAUACGGUUAGAGAGGCAAUGAGACUCGAUCAAUCUAGAUGGGCUGGUCGCUUGGAAUGGGCUACCUCAUACCCUAGCAUUGCAAUUCUUUCCAGCUAUCUUAAGGCAUAUUCUUGGCCACAUAAUGAUCCAACUAUGGGUGUCGCGCUUUAUAAAGACCCUCCUGCCCGGAUCGAUGACAUGUAUCUUCAGAACACUUGGAAGUUGAAGUGUGGCGAAUUUGCUUGA